GAAACUAAGAGAAUCCAUCACAACAAAUCUUCUCCAACAAUCAAGGAAGUGGAAAUACCGAGUGCAUUUUCCCCCACAUAUGGCCGUGUAGUUUUUAACAAACAGAAGUUCUGCAACAGCCAACAAAGUUCUGGGCGCGGAGGCAGACGGGGUCCUCGCUCUAAAGGAUGGACCACUUCAUAAGGAGCAGGUCGCGCAGAAGAAUACCGCUAUUUAUUUUUAUCCUACUUCACCUAACAACGGCUCAAACUGCUGAUCCUGUUGAUGUUUUGCGGGUUCUCGGGCUGUCAGAGAACAUGGAGGGGGUUUCCUUGGAGGCUGGUUUCUGCACUAGCAGGAGGGGCACGGAGGAGACCGACCUGGCUUACAGGAUCAAAAAGAUCCAGCUCAGCACUCCCACUAAACAGCUAUUCCAUGAUUCCACUUUUCCUGAGAAUUUCUCCCUGAUGGCUACCGUGAGAGCUAAAAAGGGCUCCCAGUUCUUCCUUUUUUCAGUGUAUGAUGACCAAGGGGUGCAGCAGGUGGGGCUCGAGGUGGGUCGGUCCCCUGUCUUUGUGUACGAAGACCAGCAUGGGCAGCCCACUCCACAACAGUAUCCUAUUUUCAGGAAGAUCAACACAGCAGAUGGAAAAUGGCACAGGAUAGCCUACAGCGUUCUCGACAAGACUGUGACCCUUUACUUGGACUGCCAGAAGGUGGAAACUGUGGAUCUGCAACGGGGGGACGAUGCUGUGGUCAGCACUGAGGGAGUUAUUGUUUUUGGAACACGGCUGCUGGAUGAAGAAGUUUUUGAGGGAGAUGUUCAGCAGCUGAUGGUUGUGGAUAACCCCCAGGCUGCUGCCAACUACUGUGUGAACUUCAUACCAGAUUGUGACUUUGCUCUGCCAUACAACAGUCAAACUCUGGACCAGCAGGAGAACUCCCAUCUUGAGUUGAUGCAUAGUGACCAACCAACUGAACCAAGUGAGCUCUCUAAGGAGGACAGGAGAGGCAAAAAAAACAAAAAGAAGAGGCACAAAAGCUCUAAAGGAAAACGCAAAGGCAAGGGAAAGGGCAAAAAGGGGUCGAGAAAGAAGAAGCAUGAAGAGGAGGAUCUAGAGGAAGACUUUCUCAGAGUAACUACAACACCUGCUGAGUUUCAGCCUCAGGAACAUUUCCAGCCCACAGAACUACCACAAACUGAGGGCGACUUUGAAACUCUUCUCCCCACUAACCAAACCACCACAGGGAUGCCAACCCAUAAAUCUGACUUCAUCCCUGAAGGCCCCACCGUGGUGCCGCCUAGUAUACUGCCUGUAUCAAAGCUUACCAAGGAGGAAAUCACAGCAGUGAACACACCUCUGGUGGUGGAGUAUGAAGACGACAUUUAUGAAAAUUUACACGAAAACCUCUCAGUUUCUACAGUAACUGUGGUUCCGAAUAUUACUGAUUACGAGCAUAUUCUUGAAUACGAAGAUUUUUUGAACGACACACAGUAUGAAGAAUAUGAAAUAUAUGAAGAUGACUUUGACUUUGCGGAGCGGGAAAGAGCUGAGACAAUGGAUGUUGAGGCUAUGCUCAGAGCAGAGAAAGGCCAGAAAGGAGAACCAGCUAUUAUUGAACCGGGUUUCUUAGUGGAAGGACCCCCAGGUCCACCAGGCCUAGAGGGACUUCCUGGGUCAGCUGGACCAACAGGCCCUCCAGGACCCAGGGGAGAUCCAGGUGAUCUGGGUCCCCAAGGACGCCCUGGUCUUCCUGGGGUUGAUGGGAUCCCGGGUCCUCCAGGAACCCUGCUAAUGCUGCCAUUCCACUUUGGAGGUGAUUCACAGAAGGGGCCAGUAGUGUCUCCCCAAGAGGCACAGGCACAAGCUAUCCUGCAACAAACCAAGCUGUCACUCAAGGGGCCUCCAGGUCCACUGGGUCUUACAGGGCGACCAGGCCCAGUGGGUCUUCCAGGUCCAUCUGGGCUGAAAGGAGACAGAGGAGACAACGGCCCCACUGGACCCCGUGGGUUGCCAGGACCCCCUGGAAUUAAUGGAAAGUCAGGCAAGAGGGGACGUGCAGGUGUGGAUGGAGGCCGUGGAGCUCCUGGUGAAACAGGUGCAAAGGGUGACAGGGGUUUUGAUGGCCUGCCAGGGCUCCCAGGAAACAAGGGACACAUAGGGGACAGAGGAAGGCCUGGUCCUUAUGGACCUGUUGGAGAGUCAGGAGAGAAGGGAUCUGAUGGACCUGUGGGACCAAGAGGUCAACCAGGUGAACCAGGUCCUCGUGGUCUUGUUGGGUCACGGGGGCCACCUGGCCAACCUGGCCAAAUGGGGAUUAGUGGAAUCGAUGGAGUCCAAGGAUCAAAAGGCAACCUGGGUCCACCUGGAGAAAUAGGACCCCCAGGUCAACAAGGAAAUCCAGGAGUUCAGGGGUUUGCUGGCCCUCAGGGUCUUAUUGGAAUGCCAGGAGAAAAGGGUCCCCAAGGUAAAGAGGGCAUACAGGGCCUACCAGGCGUUGAUGGUCCUCCUGGUCACCCGGGAAGAGAGGGAGCCCCAGGAGAAAAAGGCAUCCAAGGUUUACCUGGCUCCCAGGGACCUGUAGGAUACCCAGGCAGCCGGGGAGUCAAGGGAGCAGAUGGGGUUAGAGGUCUAAAGGGGAGCAAGGGAGAAAAGGGAGAAGAUGGCUUUCCAGGAGCAAAGGGUGACAUGGGUAUUAAAGGAGACAGGGGGGAUAGUGGUGUUCCUGGUCCUCGUGGAGAAGAUGGACCAGAAGGACCUAAAGGUCAGUCUGGACCUGUGGGAGAUGUGGGAACCCCUGGCAUAGCAGGGGAGAAGGGUAAACUCGGGGUGCCUGGUCUGCCAGGUUACCCCGGACGACAAGGUCCUAAGGGAUCACUUGGCUUCCCUGGUGUGACCGGAUCCCUCGGAGAAAAAGGAAGAAGGGGUCCUGCCGGUCAGCCGGGUUCUGGGGGUCAAAGAGGUCCUAAUGGAUCCCGGGGGGGAAGAGGAGCAAAGGGGCCAACUGGAAAGCCUGGAGAAAAGGGAUCUGCUGGACAAGAUGGUCCUCCAGGAUCUCCUGGAGAACAGGGUCCUCAAGGGCCACAGGGUCAAAACGGAGAAACAGGAACUAAAGGACCCAAUGGUCUACCAGGAAAGGAUGGAUUACCAGGUCAUCCAGGUCAGAGAGGAGAAGCAGGCUUCCAAGGCAAGACUGGACCUCCUGGCCCCCCAGGGGUUGUUGGGCCACAAGGGAAGUCUGGUGAGACAGGGCCAGCUGGAGAUAGAGGCCAUCCAGGUUCACCAGGACCACCAGGUGAGCAUGGUUUACCAGGAACUGCUGGAAAGGAGGGGGCCAAGGGAGAUCCGGGUCCAGCGGGAAUCCCAGGAAAGAGUGGCCCUCCUGGACUGAAGGGCUUCAGAGGAAGCAGAGGGACCCCUGGUGCAAUGGGCUCUGCUGGUCUCAAAGGUGGAGAAGGUCUACCUGGUGUUACAGGGCUUACUGGUGCUGCUGGAGAGAGGGGUCCCGCUGGGCCUGCUGGAGCAAUUGGCCCACCAGGACGGGCAGGCGGUGUGGGUCCUGCUGGGCCGAGUGGAGAGAAAGGCAUGCCAGGAGAGAAGGGAACCAUUGGGCCCGCUGGGCGUGAUGGAGAGUCGGGACCUGCAGGGUUGCCAGGGGUUGCAGGACCUCCUGGACCUCCAGGGGAGGACGGAGAUAAGGGUGAGACUGGUGGACCAGGCCAAAAGGGCAGCAAAGGAGCCAAAGGAGAAUCUGGACCUCCAGGAACUGUUGGGAUUCAAGGACCCGUGGGCCAACCAGGACCAUCUGGGACAGAUGGUGAGCCAGGCCCUCGAGGUCAAAUGGGCCUGAAUGGACCUAAAGGGGAUGAAGGAUCUAGGGGCUUUAAGGGACCACCUGGCCCCUCCGGAUUACAGGGGAUGCCAGGACCCUCAGGGGAGAAAGGAGAGAGUGGAAAUGUUGGUUCAAUGGGGCCUCCAGGACAGCAUGGCCCAAGAGGCCCUCAGGGGCCCUCUGGAGCUGAGGGCCCACCUGGUUUGCCUGGAGGAGUUGGUCAACCAGGUCUUGUUGGAGAGAAGGGUGAGGAUGGGGAAGCAGGCGACCCAGGGUCGGCUGGGGAGCCGGGCCCUCCAGGGGUGAAAGGAAAUGCUGGUGAGAAGGGAGAUGCUGCUCCUUCUGGUGCAGCGGGGCCUCCAGGACCCAGAGGAACACCUGGAGAAGAUGGACCUAAAGGCAACCUGGGUCCUCUUGGAUUUCCUGGAGAUUCUGGCCCUCCAGGUGAACCAGGAGUCAACGGGGUUGAUGGUUCACCUGGACCUAAAGGGGACAAUGGGGAAAUUGGAAAAACAGGACCGCCAGGAGCCUCUGGAGAGCCCGGCCCUCCUGGGCCACCUGGCCGGAGGGGUCAUGUUGGUGCAGCAGGAAAAGAAGGAAAACAAGGCAUGAAAGGAGACAAAGGAGCCACAGGAACUCUGGGUCCUGUUGGAAAGACAGGGCCAGUGGGACCCCAGGGCCAUCCGGGAAGGCCCGGUCCAGAAGGCCUUCGAGGCAUUCCAGGUCCUGCGGGCGAACAAGGUUUAAAUGGACCACCAGGACAGACUGGACCACCUGGACCAAUAGGUCCGCCAGGAUUACUGGGAUUAAAAGGAGACCCCGGAAGAAAAGGAGAGAAAGGCCACGGAGGGUUGAUUGGUUUAAUCGGCCCUCCUGGAGAGGCUGGCGAGAAAGGUGACAGGGGUCUGCCAGGAAGUCAAGGUUUGCAAGGGUCCAAAGGAGAUGGGGGAGUGGUCGGCCAAUCUGGUCCAAUCGGCCCCCCGGGUUUACCUGGACUGUCUGGUGCAGCUGGUGAGAAGGGAUCUAAGGGGGAGAUGGGUUUUGUUGGUCCCAGAGGAGAUCAAGGGCCUGCUGGUCCUCCAGGACCCCCAGGACCCCCUGCAACAUUUGUUCAACCACUGCCAAUUCACGAAGGGAGAAGGAAAAGACGAAGGCACUCAGACGAGGCAGGAGGAGCAGCACCGUUGACAGGGGAGGAUGUCCGUUUCAACACGGAGGAAUUCUUCCAGGGAGAUCAGCCUCUGGAAGAUGUAGAGGGAAUGGAAGAGGUCUUUGCUACCCUCUCUUCCAUGAAGAAUGAUGUGGAACUUAUGAGAAAACCUCUGGGGACAUUUGAAAGCCCUGCUAGGACCUGCAAAGAGCUCAUGAUGGUUCAAUCAAACUACAAAGAUGGGGAGUACUGGAUAGAUCCUAAUCAGGGCUGUCACCGAGACUCUAUUAAGGUCUUCUGUAACUUUACAGCAUUUGGAGAGACCUGUCUCCACCCCGACAAAAAGAUUGCGGUGGUUAAAUUAUCCUCAUGGAAUAAAGAGAAACCAGGAAGUUGGUUUAGCCAAUACAGGAGGGGAAAACAGUUUUCCUACAUUGACAGCGACGGGAACCCCGUGCAUGUAGUUCAGCUGACCUUCCUUAAGCUGCUAAGUGCCACAGCCAGACAGAGCUUCACCUAUACCUGUCAGAAUUCAGCUGGCUGGUUUGACAGCGCCUCCCGCUCCUACCAGCAUGCUCUCCGCUUCCGGGGCAGCAACGGCGAGGAGCUGACACAAGCCAAGAGCCCCUUCAUUGCAACAGUGCACGAUGGAUGCCAGUCCCGCAAAGGCCAGGAAAGGACUAUUUUAGAGAUUGUCUCCCCCUCUGCAGAGCUGCUCCCCGUUAUAGAUGUUGCUCCAGCAGACUUUGGCAGCAACAGCCAGAAGUUUGGAUUCCAAGUUGGACAAGUCUGCUUCAACGGCUAAACCCAUCACAAACACAGAAGACCUUCACAGUAUGAGUUAGAAACAACAACAAAAGAAAAACUGGACUGGCCACACAGUGUCAAGUUUUUCAUUGUGGGAUUCUGGUAUAUUAUUUAAGGCUCAUCAGCAUUUUCUGUAAUAUUUUUGUGAAUUUCUAACAGUAAGAAAAAUAGCAAGAAAAAAAUAUGCAGAUGUGAAGACAAAAGGGAAUUAUUGCAUUUAAAAUAUUUAAUAUCUUUAAAAUCUUUUCUUGUGGGCUAUAAAUGACUCUGGAUUCCGAAGGGCUACUCUGCUGCACAAAGCAGAAGCAGUAGCAGUCAUAAACAACAAGGAUGUGUGCAGUAACGGUCUAUUUCUUUCACUGCAGCAUAGGACAGUCAGUUUGAAUUUUUCAGAUAAAUGAUCUACUCGCCUGCUAGCUUCUUGCAAAAUCCAAGACUGAUUAAAUCUGAAUUGCAAUACUCAUCUCCAUGUUAGCAUUUCUCAAUAAUGGUAAUUGCAAGGCAGUUGUGAAACAGCAGAACAUAUUAAUUCCACACCAGCACUGUUAUUAAAUUUCUAUGUGCAGAGAUGAUAGAUUGUCCUUUUUACUCUUUAACUGCA